CAAAAUCAUUUUAAUGUCUAAAAAUGAGGAAAAUUUCAGGGGAAGAUUGGUCUAUUACUUUCCCCGCCAAUUGCAUCAAUCCUAAUUGCCUCUAAAUUCUUCCCUAAUUCCAAUCUAGGGCUCAAUUCUCUAUAUGACUGAUAAACUCUCUUCAAAAUCCUCUCAAAUUCCCCUUUGAUUAUUCGAUGUUCUUCGAAAUCUGAUACCUGGAAACCCUAAUUUUUGAAUUCGUGACGACUACAGUUCGAUCCAAAUAUGAGCAAUCCAAGCAGUUCCGGCUUGGGUUCAAGUUCAGGUUUGACUCAUUUCGGGAUCGGUUUGGCUAAUACUGUUCAGUCGGAAGUUACUCCUUACUUGCCGCUACCGUCGUUACCUAUAUUCUGCGGUGCGGCCGAACCUGGAGAGUUCAAGUUGUUCGAUGAGGUUGGCCAAGGUAGUGGCUACAGGUCGUUGGAUCGCAGUGAGAUUCUCGCGCAAUCUAGUAGAAUCGCAAAUAUGCUUCAUGAGACUGACGUUUCUUACCUGGAUCUUAGAAACGAGGCUAGGGCGCCCGAUUGUAAUUCUGGGGAGCAUUUUCAGUUAUAUGACCUAGUUCUACGAUGCAAUCCUGGAGCAUUUGAGUAUGUUACCCCCGGUCCGACCUGCGAUCCACUCUUUACCAAUGAAGGGCCUCAAAAGAUAAUUUCUGAACCAAGUGUUCCUGUCAAGAUGCAGCGACAGACGGAUACUCAUUUAGCUAGGAGUAUCGAACCUGAACCUGUGAAAAGGGUAUUACGACCAAAUCAUGUUGAAGAUCAUAGUUGGCAGCACGAAACUCUGACAAACCAGUCACCGAAAGAUGUUACUGCAUAUGACUCUCGGCCUGAAACGAUCACCAUGAAUGAACUUUCUGCUUCCAAAAAGCCAAAGGGAAAGAAGAAACGUAAAGAUGACUUGUCAUCAGUUCAACCAGAUCCAUCUGUGCUGCAAGAGUCCAUCGUACAAAACUUUUGUGAGAUGUUGGAGGACUUCUGUGGCAGAGCUGAAGUCCCUGGUGAUGAUAGGGAUGAAGCAGAGUGGUCAUCAGUGCCCGUUGAUGAAGUUCGUGUUCUUAUAAAUGAAUUGAUGACUAUACGGUCAAAAAUGCUUCUGCAUAUGGUACCUGUUGAUAUUCUAUCAAGGUUACUGCGCACUCUGGAUCAUCAGAUACACAGGGCAGAAGGCUUGUCCAUUUAUAGUGAACAUUCAGAUUCAGAUUCAGUGUUGUUGGUUCUUGGUGCCCUUGAGUCAAUCCAUGCAUCGCUAGCAGUGAUGGCCAACAGUGAUAUGCCAAAGCAGCUCUACAAGGAGGAGAUAAUUGAGAGAAUUCUGGAGUUUUCUAGGCACCAAAUGAUGGCUGUUAUGUCUGCUUAUGAUCCAUCAUACCGCACUGGAAGUAAACCGGCAGAAAAUUUGGCAUUUGAAGGUGAUGAUGAUGAUGAUAAUCCAGAUCAUGACAUGGGGUCAGCCAGCAAAAGGCGGCGCAUAGUAAAAAACAGCAAAGUAAAGAAGGCGUCAGUAAACAGGAUCUCUGGAGCAGUAAAUACUGCACUACAGAAACUUUGCACUAUUCUUGGCUUACUCAAGGACCUGUUGUUGGUAGAAAGGUUGUCUGACAGUUGCAUUUUACAACUGUUGAAGACAAGUAUUACAACAUUUCUAGUGGAAAAUAUCCAAAUUCUGCAACUUAAAGCAAUUAGCUUAAUCGGUGGUAUUUAUAAUUCAUAUUCUCAACACCGAACAUAUGUGAUAGAUGAAAUAUCUCAAUUGCUCUGGAAGUUACCUUCCUCGAAACGAGCAUUGAGAGCGUAUCUUCUCCCUGAUGAAGAACAGAGGCAGAUUCAAAUGGUCACUGCUUUGCUCAUUCAGUUGGUUCACAACAGCACAAGCCUUCCUGAAACCUCGAGACAGGCUGCCAGUGGAAACUCUAUACUAGAGACCUCAGUUGAUGUUGGCUACCUUACUAAGUGUCAUGAAGCGGCUACAGAAACAUGUUGCCUCUUCUGGACUCGUGUCCUUGAACGAUUUACCAGUUUUAAGGGUCAGGACGCUUCUGAGAUAAAAUUGAUUAUUGAGAAUCUUGUUAUGGACUUACUGACAGCAUUAAAUCUUCCUGAAUAUCCGUCUGUGUCUCCUAUUCUUGAGGUUCUCUGUGUCAUACUGCUACAUAAUGCAGGGUUGAAAUCAAAAGAUGUCUCUGCUCGAAUAAUGGCCAUUGAGUUGCUAGGUACAAUAGCUGCAAGGUUGAAACGUGAUGCUGUCCUCUGCAGUAAAGACAGAUUCUGGACGUUACUAGAGUCAGAUAGUGAAAUUAGCGUUGAUCAAGUUUGCACAAAAGAUUGCACAUUUUGUUUAGGUAAAAGGGCUGGGAACUUAUUGGUCUGUCAAAUUUGUCAAAGGCGGUUUCAUGGUGACUGUUUGGGUUUAAAGGAACUAGACAUUUCAAGUCGAAAUUGGCACUGUCCGCUUUGUGUAUGCAAGAGGCAACUUCUUGUACUACAGUCUUAUUGCAAGACUGACACCAAGGGUACUGGUAAGUUGGAAUCAGAAGAAAGCAUCGAAAAUCCAAGUAUGAUUACAAAGACCGAAGUUGUGCAACAGAUGCUCUUGAAUUACCUUCAGGAUGUAGGAUCAGCUGAUGAUGUGCAUACUUUCAUUUGCUGGUUUUAUCUGUGCCUUUGGUAUAAAGAUGUCCCAAAAUCUCAGAAUAAAUUCAAAUAUUACAUUGCCAGACUGAAAGCAAAGUCAAUAAUCCGUAACUCUGGAGCAACUACUUCGUUCUUGACAAGAGAUGCUAUCAAGCAGAUUACUUUAGCCCUUGGAAUGAAUAGUUCCUUUUCCAGAGGAUUUGAUAAGAUUCUGAACAUGCUCCUGGCUAGUUUAAGAGAGAACGCUCCCAACAUUAGGGCUAAAGCUUUGCGAGCAGUUAGUAUAAUUGUUGAAGCUGAUCCAGAGGUACUGUGUGAUAAGCGUGUUCAGUUGGCUGUUGAGGGAAGGUUUUGUGAUUCUGCAAUAUCUGUUAGAGAAGCAGCACUGGAACUUGUUGGUAGGCAUAUUGCAUCACAUCCUGAUGUUGGUAUAAAGUACUUUGAGAAGGUCGCUGAGAGGAUUAAGGAUACUGGAGUGAGUGUUCGAAAACGAGCCAUCAAGAUAAUACGUGACAUGUGUACUUCAAAUCCCAACUUCUCUGAAUUUACAAGUGCGUGCGCUGAGAUAUUAUCUCGUAUCAGUGAUGAUGAGUCUAGUGUUCAGGAUCUUGUGUGCAAAACUUUCUAUGAAUUUUGGUUUGAGGAACCUCCAGGGCAUCAUACUCAGUUUGCUAGUGAUGCUAGCUCCAUUCCACUGGAACUGGAGAAGAAAACCAAGCAAAUGGUAGGGUUGUUAAGCAGGACCCCAAAUCAACAGCUGCUUGUAACAAUUAUUAAGCGUGCCCUGGCCCUGGAUUUUUUUCCUCAAGCAGCUAAAGCUGCUGGUAUUAACCCAGUUGCUCUUGCAUCAGUACGCAGGCGCUGCGAGCUGAUGUGCAAGUGCUUACUGGAAAAAAUAUUACAGGUAGAAGAAAUGAGCCGUGAAGAAGGAGAGGUGCAAGUACUUCCUUAUGUACUUGUUUUGCAUGCUUUCUGUCUGGUGGAUCCUGGGCUGUGUACACCGGCUUCAGACCCUACUAAGUUUGUCAUCACCCUACAGCCAUAUCUGAAGAGUCAGGCUGAUAGUAGAACAGGAGCACAGUUACUGGAGAGUAUUAUUUUCAUUAUCGAUUCUGUCCUACCCUUGAUCCGCAAGCUGCCUCUAAGUGUCACAGAAGAUCUGGAACAGGAUCUAAAGCAUAUGAUUGUUCGGCAUUCGUUUCUAACUGUUGUGCAUGCUUGCGUUAGGUGUCUUUGUUCUGUGAGUAAAUUGGCGGGGAAAGGUGUUAGCAUAGUUGAGCAUCUUCUUCAGUUCUUUUUUAAGCGGCUGGAGGCCCAAGGUUCCGAUAACACACAGAUUGCUGGGCGGUCCCUUUUUUGUCUUGGCUUGCUUAUUCGCCAUGGAAACUCUCUUAUUAGUACCUCAGGUGGCAAGAAUUUCAAUCUCUCUGGCUGUCUUAAUUUGUUUAAACGACAUCUCCGAACGGAAGAUAUUGCUUUGAAAGUCAGGUCGCUGCAGGCUUUAGGAUUCAUCCUAAUUGCACGACCUGAGUACAUGUUGGAAGAAGACAUUGGAAAGAUAAUCGAGACUACAUUAGCAGAUGAAGCAAAUGGGCGUAUGAAGAUGCAAGCAUUACAAAACAUGUAUGAAUACCUUCUUGAUGCGGAAAAACAAUUGGGAUCAGAGAAAGCCAGUGAUAACACGGUUAACUCAGUUGAACAAGGUGGCCAUAAUGUACCUGUGGCCGCUGGUGCAGGUGACACCAACAUUUGCGGAGGCAUUGUGCAGUUGUUUUGGGAUAAAAUAUUAGGUAGAUGCUUGGACUUUGAUGAUCAAAUUCGCCAGACCUCUCUCAAGAUAGUGGAAGUUGUACUACGUCAAGGCCUAGUGCAUCCUAUUACGUGUGUUCCUUAUUUGAUUGCCCUCGAGACAGAUCCUCAAGAGGCCAACCAAAAGCUGGCCCAUCAUUUACUAAUGAAUAUGCAUGAGAAGUAUCCGGCUUUUUUUGAGAGCCGUCUUGGUGACGGACUUCAAAUGUCGUUUAUCUUCAUGCAAUCCAUCAGCCAGGUCACUUCAGAACCAAAUCAAAGUCUUCAGCAAAAGGGUUCAACAAACAUGUUGGGCAAAAAUGAUCAUGCUAGUAGUACUCUCACCCAAGCUAGACUUGGAGUCUCUAGGAUCUACAAGCUUAUCCGUGGAAACCGGGUUUCUCGAAACAAAUUUAUGACUUCGAUUGUUCGCAAGUUUGAUAAUCCAACCUGGAAUGGCUCAGUAAUAUCGUUUCUGAAGUAUUGCACUGAAACCCUUGCUUUACUUCCAUUCACAUCACCUGAUGAACCACUCUAUCUUGUAUAUUCCAUAAACCGAGUUAUGCAGAUUCGGGCUGGAGCAGUUGAGUCAAAUUUGAAGGCUUUGUUACAUAAAGAUUCCGCAAAGACUCAGCAUGGAAAUGGAGCAUACCAACAAGAUCCGAUUCCCGGACAUAUGAACAUGAUGGAUCUAAACACAAGAAUCCAAGAAGAACCAAGACAUUGGAAUUCCUAUGGCCAUGCAACUCUAAUUGACCUCAAUGGAUCAGUAUACCAAGAUUCAAGGGAUCAGUUCACUUCAUAUCAAGUCCAUAAUGGGAAAGCAGAUGUGCACAAGAUGACCUCAUCUGAUCCUCCUGAAUUAUCCACUGAUGAUCUGCAGAAAAUUCAGGUUGAUUGCUUAGCAGCUAUAGCUAUACAACUUCUUUUGAAGCUCAAGAGAUACCUAAAAGUCACGUACAGCUUAAAUGAUGACCGGUGCCAAGCCUAUUCUCCAACGGAACCAUUGAAGCCAGGAGAUCCUCUCUCCAGACAAAGCGUUGCCUUUGACCUCAGCGAAACUCGCACUGACUUACCUUCAACAUAUCAAGACUUAGUUCAGAGAUAUCAGGAGUUUAAGAACGCAAUGAGAGAAGAUACGGUUGACUUCACCAUCUAUUCAACAAACGUCAAGAGAAAACGCCCAACGCCAAGGAAAACUUCAAGAUCUGCUAAAAAAACAGUGGCCUACAACGAAGAUGAUGAUGAUGACGACAAUGAUGACAGAGGAUGGCAUGGAGGAGGAGGAAGAGGAGCUGCUCGGAGACUAAAUUACAGCACCAGAAGUAGCAACAGAAGGUAAAAGAACCAUUUGCUUUUGUUAUUAGAUUACUGUACAUAAAGCGGCACUAAAAGAAUAUCUAAACCGCUGUUGUUUAGGCUCGUAACCAAUGUACAGUACGAUGUCUUACUAAACUAGGAAGACACAACGAAUUGAAACGUUAAAAUCUUUUUGUUUAGAAAGGAAAAGAAAUCAAAGUAGUAGAAGAGGAAUUGGGGAUGGAGGUGUAUUUUGGUCUAUUAGAUGAAAUUUGACUUAUUCUUAUUGUAUUUGUUUAUCUGCUCUCUUAUUCUCUCUUGAUCCUAUUGUUCAGUAAACGAUUAUAUCUUUGUUUAUUUUUGUAUUUCCACGUUUACAAUAAAAGUAAAUGAUUAUAUAUCUGUUAAUUUUGAA